CCAUUGCAGGUAGCUAGCUGGGAGGGCAGUAGAGGGGCUCGGCUGGAGUGCUGGAGGGCUCGUGGAGACCUCGGGGCAGCCUUCCAGGCAUAACGCGUCCCUCCCCUCCGCCCGCGCUACUCUCCGGCUGAACCCAUCCUGGUCACAGCUGACCGUGCUGCUCCGAGGUUGGGGGUGCGCUCCUCCCCGCCCCCCUGAAAAGCUCUUUACUCCUCGCCCUCUCUAAGUGCGCCCCCUCGGGUGCCCAGGCUACACACUUGCCUGCAGCCAUGAACGAAAUGUCCAGUUUCCUCCACAUUGGGGACAUCGUCUCCCUGUACGCCGAGGGCUCGGUCAAUGGCUUCAUCAGUACUCUAGGGCUGGUGGAUGACCGCUGCGUGGUGGAGCCAGCUGCUGGUGAUCUGGAAAACCCACCGAAGAAGUUUCGAGACUGCCUCUUCAAGGUAUGCCCCAUGAAUCGAUAUUCAGCCCAGAAGCAGUACUGGAAAGCCAAGCAGACCAAGCAGGACAAAGAGAAGAUCUCUGAUGUUGUCCUCCUACAGAAGCUCCAGCAUGCAGCCCAAAUGGAACAGAAGCAGAACGAGACAGAAAACAAGAAAGUUCACGGGGAUGUGGUGAAGUAUGGCAGUGUCAUACAGCUCCUUCACAUGAAGAGCAACAAGUACUUGACUGUGAAUAAAAGGCUACCAGCUCUGCUGGAGAAGAAUGCCAUGAGGGUGACUCUGGAUGCCACUGGCAAUGAGGGUUCCUGGCUCUUCAUCCAGCCUUUCUGGAAGCUUCGCAGCAAUGGGGACAAUGUGGUUGUGGGGGACAAAGUGAUCCUGAACCCUGUCAAUGCUGGACAACCCCUGCAUGCCAGCAACUAUGAGCUCAGUGACAAUGCCGGCUGCAAAGAGGUCAACUCUGUCAACUGCAACACCAGCUGGAAAAUCAACUUGUUCAUGAAGUUCCGAGACCACCUGGAGGAGGUUUUGAAAGGGGGAGAUGUGGUACGUUUGUUCCACGCAGAGCAGGAGAAGUUUCUGACAUGUGAUGAGUACAAGGGCAAGCUACAGGUGUUCCUUCGUACCACCCUGCGCCAGUCUGCCACAUCAGCCACUAGCUCCAAUGCUCUCUGGGAGGUUGAGGUUGUCCACCAUGACCCCUGCCGUGGAGGGGCUGGCCAUUGGAAUGGCCUGUACCGCUUUAAACACCUGGCCACAGGCAAUUACCUGGCAGCAGAGGAAAACCCCAGCUACAAGGGUGAUUCAGGAGAACCCAAAGCUACAGGAACUGCGCCUCAGGGAAGGACUGGCCGAAGAAACGCUGGUGAGAAGAUCAAAUACCGACUUGUGGCUGUGCCUCACGGGAAUGAUAUCGCUUCUCUCUUUGAGCUUGAUCCCACCACACUGCAGAAGACUGACUCUUUUGUGCCUCGAAACUCCUAUGUCCGGCUGCGCCAUCUGUGCACCAACACGUGGAUCCAGAGCACAAACGUUCCCAUUGACAUCGAGGAGGAGCGGCCCAUCCGACUCAUGCUGGGCACCUGCCCCACCAAGGAAGACAAAGAAGCCUUUGCUAUCGUCUCUGUGCCCGUGUCUGAGAUCCGAGACCUUGACUUUGCCAAUGAUGCCAGUUCUAUGUUGGCCAGUGCCGUAGAGAAGCUCAAUGAGGGUUUCAUCAGCCAGAAUGACCGCAGGUUUGUCAUCCAGUUGCUAGAGGACCUGGUAUUCUUUGUCAGCGAUGUCCCCAACAAUGGGCAGAGUGUUCUGGACAUCAUGGUGACAAAGCCCAACCGAGAGCGGCAGAAACUGAUGCGGGAGCAGAACAUACUCAAACAGAUCUUUGGAAUCCUGAAGGCCCCAUUCCGGGACAAGGGUGGUGAAGGUCCACUGGUAAGGCUGGAGGAGUUAUCUGACCAGAAGAAUGCCCCCUACCAACAUAUGUUCCGUCUCUGCUACCGUGUCCUGAGGCAUUCCCAGGAGGACUACCGCAAGAACCAGGAGCAUAUAGCCAAGCAGUUUGGGAUGAUGCAGUCGCAGAUUGGCUAUGACAUCCUUGCUGAGGAUACCAUCACUGCCUUGUUGCACAACAACCGGAAACUCCUGGAGAAGCACAUUACUAAGACAGAAGUGGAGACAUUUGUGAGCCUUGUGCGCAAGAAUCGGGAACCCAGGUUCCUGGACUAUCUCUCUGACCUGUGUGUGUCCAACCACAUUGCCAUCCCUGUUACCCAGGAGCUCAUCUGCAAAUGUGUCCUGGACCCCAAGAACAGCGACAUUCUCAUCAAGACAGAGCUGCGACCAGUGAAGGAAAUGUCUCAGUCCCAUGAGUACUUGAGCAUUGAAUACUCAGAGGAGGAAGUCUGGCUAACUUGGAGUGACAAGAAUAACGAACACCAUGAGAAGAGCAUUCGGCAGCUGGCCCAGGAGGCCCGGGCAGGCAACGCCCACGAUGAGAACGUGCUCAGCUACUACAGAUACCAGCUGAAGCUGUUUGCCCGCAUGUGCCUGGAUCGUCAGUAUCUGGCUAUCCAUGAGAUCUCCCAACAGCUGGGUGUGGAUCUGAUCUUCCUGUGUAUGGCGGACGAGAUGCUGCCCUUUGACCUACGUGCCUCCUUUUGUCAUCUCAUGCUGCAUGUGCAUGUGGACCGAGACCCCCAGGAGCCUGUCACCCCGGUCAAGUUCGCCCGCCUCUGGACAGAGAUCCCCACAGCCAUCACCAUCAAGGACUACGACUCCAACCUCAAUGACUCCCGGGAUGAUAAGAAGAAUAAGUUUGCCAACACCAUGGAGUUUGUGGAAGACUAUCUCAACAAUGUAGUCAGUGAGGCUGUGCCCUUUGCCAAUGAGGAGAAGAACAAACUCACCUUUGAGGUCGUCAGCUUGGCCCACAACCUCAUCUACUUUGGCUUCUACAGCUUCAGUGAGCUGCUGCGGCUCACCCGGACGUUGCUGGGCAUCAUUGACUGCGUUCAGGGUCCUCCAGUCUUGUUGCAGGCCUACAAUGAAGAUCCUGGGGGGAAAAAUGUUCGUCGGUCCAUCCAGGGGGUGGGACAGAUGAUGUCCACCAUGGUGCUGAGCCGUAAGCAGUCCAUCUUCAAUGCUCCCAGUCUCCCCACUGCCGGGACCCAGGAGUCAAUGGACCGGGGAAAGUUCGUGGAGAAUGAAGACAUUGUGGUGAUGGAGACCAAACUCAAAAUCCUAGAAAUCCUGCAGUUUAUUCUCAACGUGCGGCUGGAUUAUCGCAUCUCCUACCUGCUCUCGGUCUUCAAGAAGGAGUUUGUAGAAGUUUUCCCCAUGCAAGACAGUGGGGCUGAUGGGACAGCUCCAGCUUUUGACUCCACAACUGCUAACAUGAACCUGGAUCGGAUUGGGGAGCAAGCGGAAGCUAUGUUUGGAAUGGGGAAGACUAGCAGCAUGCUGGAAGUAGAUGAUGAAGGCGGGCGCAUGUUCCUACGAGUGCUGAUCCAUCUCACCAUGCACGACUAUGCCCCUCUGGUCUCCGGCUCUUUGCAGCUGCUUUUCAAACACUUCAGCCAGCGCCAGGAGGUCAUCCAUACCUUCAAACAGGUGCAGCUAUUGAUCUCGGCCCAGGAUGUGGAAAACUACAAAGUGAUCAAGUCUGAGCUGGACCGGCUCCGGACCAUGGUGGAGAAGUCGGAACUGUGGGUGGAUAAGAAGGGUAGCAACAAAGGAGAGGAGGUGGUAGAUGAGAAGAAGGAGAAGAAAGAGCACCCCACAGAUGAGGAGGGCUUCACUCAACCUCCUGGAGAGAAAAGCAGUGAAAACUAUCAGAUCGUCAAGGGGAUCCUCGAACGGUUGAACAAGAUGUGUGGCGUUGGAGAGCAGAUGCGGAAGAAACAGCAGAGGUUGCUGAAGAACAUGGAUGCCCAUAAAGUCAUGCUGGACCUGCUACAGAUCCCAUAUGAAAAAGGUGAUGCAAAGAUGAUGGAAAUCCUUCGCUAUACUCACCAGUUCCUGCAGAAGUUCUGUGCUGGAAACCCUGGAAACCAGGCCCUGCUCCACAAACACCUCAAUCUCUUCCUCACCUCUGGGCUCCUUGAAGCUGAGACUAUGCAACACAUCUUCCUGAACAACCAUCAGCUCUGCUCGGAGAUCAGUGAGCCCGUCUUGCAACACUUUGUGCACCUGCUGGCCACCCACGGGCGGCACGUGCAAUACCUGGACUUUUUGCACACCGUCAUCAAGGCCGAGGGCAAGUACGUCAAGAAGUGUCAGGACAUGAUCAUGACCGAGCUGACCAACGCAGGGGAUGAUGUGGUGGUGUUUUACAAUGACAAGGCCUCUAUGGCCCACAUGUUGGACAUGAUGAAGGCAGCGAGGGAUGGCGUGGAGGACAAUAGCCCUCUCAUGUACCACAUAUCCCUGGUGGAUCUCCUGGCUGCCUGUGCUGAGGGCAAGAAUGUCUACACUGAGAUCAAGUGUACCUCCCUGCUGCCCCUGGAGGAUGUGGUCUCUGUGGUUACUCAUGAGGACUGUAUCACUGAGGUGAAAAUGGCCUACGUGAACUUUGUCAACCACUGCUAUGUGGACACCGAGGUGGAGAUGAAAGAGAUUUACACCAGUAAUCAUAUUUGGACUCUCUUUGAGAAUUUCACCCUGGACAUGGCUCGGGUCUGUAAGAAACGAGAGAAGCGCAUGUCUGACCCGACCUUGGAGAAGUAUGUUCUGACAGUGGUCCUAGACACCAUCAAUGCCUUCUUUAGCUCUCCCUUCUCUGAGAACAGCACCUCCCUCCAGACGCACCAGACGAUCGUAGUGCAGCUUCUGCAGUCCUGCAUGCGGCUGCUGGAGUGUCCUUGGCUGCAACAGCAUCACAAGGGCUCAGUGGAAGCCUGCAUCCGGACCCUGGCCAUGGUUGCCAAGAGCAGAGCCAUCUCCCUGCCCAUGGACCUAGACUCCCACAUCAGCUCCCUCCUCAAUAGCAGCGCCAGCUGCGCAAUGCAACGUAACGCUUCAAGUUACAAGUCGGCCACUCGUGCCUUCCCUCGUGUUACCACCACUGCCAACCAGUGGGACUACAAGAACAUCAUUGAGAAGCUGCAGGACAUCAUCACCACGCUUGAGGAGCGGCUGAAGCCACUGGUGGAGGCUGAGUUGUCCGUGCUGGUGGAUGUGCUACACUGGCCUGAGUUACUGUUCCUAGAGGGGAGCGAUGCCUACCAGCGCUGUGAGAGUGGAGGCUUCCUGUCCAAGCUGAUCCAGCACACAAAGGACCUGAUGGAGUCCGAGGAAAAGUUAUGUAUUAAGGUGCUAAGGACCCUACAGCAGAUGCUGCUCAAGAAGAGGAAGUAUGGAGAUCGGGGUAACAACCUGCGGAAGAUGCUGCUUCACAAUUAUCUGCAGAAUCGGAAAUUGAACUCCAAGGGGGACAUCCCGGAUUCCAUGGGCACAGGCCAGGACCAGGACUGGUCACACAUCGCAGCCAUCCAGUGCCGGCUGGACAAAGAAGGAGCCACCAAGCUGGUGUCUGAUCUGAUCAUGAGCACAAAGAAUGAGAAGAUCUUCCAGGAGAGCAUUGGUCUGGCCAUUCGCCUGCUGGAUGGAGGCAACACCGAGAUCCAGAAAUCCUUUUACAAUCUGAUGACGAGUGACAAGAAGUCAGAGAAAUUCUUUAAGGUGCUUCAUGACCGAAUGAAAAGGGCCCAGCAAGAGACCAAGUCCACAGUGACCGUGAACAUGAAUGACCUGGGCAGCCAGCCCAGGGAGGACAGGGAGGCUGGGGAUGCUGGAGGCAAAGGGCGCAUGGCAUCCUUUGCACUCCCAAGCCCCACCUCUCGGUACUCCCUGAGUGCCAGCUUCCGCAGGGGGCAUGAGGUGGUUGAUCGUGGGCAGAGCAAUGAGAUGGGAACCUCAGUGCUGAUUAUGCAGCCCAUCCUUCGCUUCCUGCAGCUGCUGUGUGAGAACCACAACCGGGACCUUCAGAACUUCCUCCGCUGUCAGAACAACAAGACCAACUAUAACCUGGUGUGCGAAACGCUGCAGUUCCUGGACAUCAUGUGUGGCAGCACCACGGGUGGCCUGGGGCUGCUGGGCCUCUACAUCAAUGAGGACAAUGUGGGGCUGGUCAUCCAGACCCUGGAGACGCUCACCGAGUACUGCCAGGGGCCUUGCCACGAGAACCAGACCUGCAUUGUGACGCACGAAUCUAAUGGCAUCGACAUCAUCACCGCCCUGAUCCUCAAUGACAUCAGCCCCCUGUGCAAGUAUCGCAUGGACCUGGUGCUGCAGCUCAAGGACAAUGCCUCCAAGCUCCUUCUGGCCCUGAUGGAGAGCCGGCACGACAGCGAGAAUGCAGAGAGGAUUCUCAUUAGCCUGCGGCCCCAGGAACUGGUGGAUGUCAUCAAGAAAGCCUACCUGCAGGAGGAGGAGCGUGAGAACUCCGAGGUCUCUCCUCGAGAGGUUGGCCACAACAUCUAUAUCCUGGCCCUGCAGCUGUCUAGACACAACAAGCAACUUCAGCACCUGCUGAAGCCAGUGAAACGCAUCCAGGAGGAGGAGGAAGAAGGCAUCUCUUCCAUGCUCAGCCUUAACAACAAGCAGUUGUCACAAAUGCUGAAGUCGUCGGUGCCCGUGCAGGCAGAGGAAGAAGACCCUCUGGCCUACUAUGAGAACCACACAUCCCAGAUUGAGAUUGUUCGACAGGACAGGAGCAUGGAGCAGAUUGUGUUCCCAGUGCCCAGCAUCUGUGAAUUUCUGACCGAGGAGACCAAGCAUCGGCUCUUCACCACCACGGAGCAGGACGAGCAGGGCAGCAAAGUCAGCGACUUCUUUGACCAGUCCUCCUUCUUGCACAAUGAGAUGGAGUGGCAGAGGAAACUUCGAAGCAUGCCUCUGAUCUACUGGUUUUCUCGCCGAAUGACCCUGUGGGGCACCAUAUCCUUCAACCUCGCCGUCUUCAUUAACAUCAUUAUAGCCUUCUUCUACCCCUAUGUGGAGGGUGCCUCCACAGGUGUGCUGGGCUCUCCACUCAUCUCCUUGCUCUUCUGGCUUCUGGUCUGCUUCUCCAUCGUGGCCCUGUUCACCAGGCGCUAUAGCAUCCGGCCCGUCAUUGUGGCUCUCAUCCUACGCUCCAUCUAUUACCUGGGCAUUGGGCCCACCCUCAACAUCUUGGGGGCCCUCAAUCUAACUAACAAGAUCGUGUUUGUAGUGAGCUUUGUGGGCAACCGAGGCACCUUCAUCCGGGGCUACAAAGCCAUGGUGAUGGACAUGGAGUUCCUUUACCACGUCGGAUACAUCCUCACCAGCGUGCUUGGCAUCUUUGCCCAUGAGCUCUUCUACAGCAUCCUGCUCUUCGACCUGAUCUAUCGUGAGGAGACCUUGUUCAAUGUGAUCAAGAGUGUGACCCGAAAUGGGCGCUCCAUCUUGCUCACCGCCCUGCUCGCCCUCAUCCUCGUCUAUCUCUUCUCCAUUGUUGGUUUCCUCUUCCUCAAGGAUGACUUCAUCCUCGAGGUGGACCGGCUGCCCGAUAACAAGGCCAAAGCCAGCCCCCUGGGAAUGCCCCAUAGCCCUGCAGCAUUCAUGGACACUUGCAGUGGAGACAAGAUUGGCUGUUCCUCUGGCAUCACAGUGCCUGAAAUUCAGGAAGAGGAUGACGAUGAAGACAGCACAGAGCGAGCCUGCGACACAUUGCUAAUGUGCAUAGUUACAGUCAUGAACCACGGACUUCGAAAUGGCGGGGGCGUGGGUGACAUUCUGCGAAAGCCAUCCAAAGAUGAGUCCCUGUUUCCUGCACGAGUGGUCUAUGACCUCUUGUUCUUUUUCAUCGUCAUCAUCAUUGUGCUGAACCUCAUCUUUGGGGUGAUCAUUGAUACCUUUGCUGACCUGAGGAGUGAGAAGCAGAAGAAGGAGGAAAUCCUUAAGACCACGUGCUUCAUCUGUGGUCUGGAGAGGGACAAGUUUGACAACAAGACGGUGUCCUUUGAAGAGCAUAUCAAGUAUGAACACAACAUGUGGAACUACUUAUAUUUCAUUGUGCUGGUGCGAGUGAAGAACAAGACAGACUACACGGGCCCGGAGAGCUACGUGGCUCAGAUGAUCAAGAACAAGAAUCUGGACUGGUUCCCUCGAAUGAGAGCCAUGUCACUGGUCAGCAAUGAAGGUGAAGGAGAACAGAAUGAGAUCCGGAGCCUUCAGGACAAACUCAACUCCACCAUGAAACUGGUGUCUCAUCUCACCUCACAGCUCAAUGAGCUCAAGGAGCAGAUGACAGAGCAAAGGAAACGCAGACAGCGUAUGGGCUUUGUGGACGUCCAGAACUGCAUGAGUCGCUGAGACUGCCCUCCUCCAGAAGAAGGACUGAAGUGGAGGAGUGUUUGUUAUGAGAGGAUCCUUACUGCAAAGAAACGCCCCGGCUCUCUCUCUGCUUCCUACUGGUGGGAUGGCCCCAGCUGAGUCAACCGCUUAGGUCAAGAUUCAAACUCAGCAGUGGCUCCCUCACUGUCAGGGAUCCCAGAUGGGCAGAAGUUCUGACCAGCAACAGGGGGAGGGAAACUCCUAGCUGACAGUCCAAUGGACAGUUCUGGAAAUGAAGCUGUGGAAAUCCACCUGGAGUCAGUUUACCUUACUGCCUUAGAGGAAGAUAAAGCACUUGGGAGCUUUAUCCCUUAUAAUACAAUAACUUUUAAAAAUUCAUUUUUAUUCCUCAACGUGGGUGAUUAGGAGUGGGUCAUUCUCUUUAUCUCCAGGCACUACAUUUUGGUAACUACAUGCCUCAGGGGGAGGUAGCAUGAAUACUGUUACUAGUAAUUUUAGGGCUUCAUUAUUUAACUUAUUCCAAGGAUGCCAUUCUGACUCAGACCCACCCACAUGGUUGUCUCACCCACCAUGCCUCAAAUCUACUGUAGACCUCAUAAUUUUUCUCUGGGAUGCUGCCUUUGAAUCCUGGGGCAGUCACAGGCAGGGAGUCCCCCGCCCCACCCCACCAAAUAUUCACAAUGUGAGCGGGUGACCUAUGGAUGACAAAUUAUUACUUAUCAUCUAGUCCUCCUUGACUCCUUUGGAAGAGAUUUUCUCCUGGUCUACUGUAGAAAUGACAGAUCUCUGAGGUUUUCUGGGAAGGGCUGGUUUGUAUUGAGUGGCCUCCCCUUCCCCCCACCCUCUUGGUGUGAUGUUUUACAGAAUUCUUGAGAACUAAUUUGUUAAUUGCCUUAAAUAAAUGAACAGAAAUCAAAUCUUGA